GGCUGCCUCCGGCCCAAUCCUGCUCAUUUUCAGGAAAAGUGAGCAGGAUGCAAAGGUACUAAAGGAAGGGGGGAAGCGGGCACGACUUCUAUUUGGACUGUGUCGCGUCGCAGGGAGACUCUUGACACCUUUUUGUUGUUUUGUGACACAACAGCUGCUCAUCAUGCCCACCGACGCUCAAAGCGAUGCCCGCUCCUUCCUCACUGAGGAGAUGAUCGCAGAGUUCAAAGCUGCCUUCGACAUGUUCGACACGGACGGCGGCGGUGACAUCAGCACCAAGGAGCUGGGCACCGUGAUGAGGAUGCUGGGUCAGAACCCGUCCAGAGAGGAGCUGGAUGCCAUUAUUGAGGAAGUGGAUGAGGAUGGUAGCGGUACCAUCGACUUUGAGGAGUUCUUGGUCAUGAUGGUCCAACAGCUCAAGGAGGACCAGGCCGGAAAGACCGAGGAGGAACUGUCUGAAUGCUUCCGUAUUUUCGACAAGAACGGCGACGGCUUCGUCGACCGCGAGGAGUUUGGGGACAUUCUGCACAUGACCGGAGAGCCAGUCACAGAGGAGGACAUCGACGAAAUGUUUGGCGAGUCCGACUCAAACAAGGAUGGAAAAAUUGAUUUUGACGAGUUUCUGAAGAUGAUGGAGAACGUCCAGUAGAAGACAACAUUCAGACACAUCCCAGUGAACAAUUAGCAUCUUUUAAGAGGAUUUUUUUUUUUUUUUUUUGAAACCCCGUCCCUCGCGCUGGUUGGCGAGCUUGUCUAUAAAUAUCCACUCGAACCUUUUAAGACGAAGACACUUUCCCCCCCACCCGUCUCUCAGCUGUCCCUUCCACGGCAGCUGCUCCUCCUGACAUGCAACACCAGCCAGCGCUUUUAAAGAGAAGCGCCAUGCUGUCCUCUGAAAUAAACCACCUUUAACUCA